AUGUCUGCCAGGCAGGUCAGAGUCCUGCUCACCCUGUGCUUCCUGCAGCAGACGAGAGGUCACGUUCAACUUCCCCCUCCUCAGAAUGUUACGCUACUGUCAAAGGAUUUUGACCUGAUUUUGACAUGGACUCCAGGAGAAGGCUCCCCACCCAACGUGACAUACACCGUGCGGUACGAAAGUCAGGACCGCAUGGACAAAUGGAUAAAGGUUCCUCAUUGCAAAAAUAUUCACCGAACUUCUUGCGAUCUGACUUGUGUGCUUCCAAACUUGUUCGUUAAAGCCCGAGCUCGAGUAAAAGCUGUUUCCGAACGAUUCCGGUCGCCGUGGGUAGAAUCACAAUUCAAGGAAUACCAUUUGGAUGUGGAACUGGCUCCCCCAGCGCUAAACGUGAAGGUCGAGGAGAACUCACUCCAUGUGAAUGCCUCCUUCCCUUUGGCCGCCUGCGUGGAAACCUUCUCCUGGAUGUACGACUUGAACCUUUGGGAAGCUGGAUCUGAAGACAAGAAGCGAUAUGAAGGUAUCUUCAGGAAGAAAACAGUGACGAUUGACACAACUGCGCUUCAAGGCAACUACUGCUUAAGUGCCAGAUCUUCCUUGCAAAGCAUUGACUUCAAGCACAGCGAAUUCUCCCAGCCAGUGUGUGUGCUGUUAAACCACAAAGCAGAACGGAAGUUCCCAUUUUCUGCCACGAUCCCGGCAUUUGUCCUCCCCGUCGCUCUGAUAAGCGCCUUCGUCGUGUGCUUGCUGAAAGAAGAUGCUGAGCGAAAGAUGCCUCGUGCUUUGGAUUUCUCGCAUUUAAAAGCUCUCGGGACACACUUUCACCUGGAGCUCAGUGAAAAGGAAUUCCUCAGGGAUUACCUGAACUGCACAGAGAAGCCAGUGCUGGAAAGGAAGACGAGCAAAGGUUUGGCAAGAAACAGCCUGCCAUGGAUGGCUUCUUCCCUGUCAUCAUCAUCAUCAUCGGAGGAGGAGGAGGAUGAAGAAGACAGCGGUACUGUCAUCCCAUACACUGAAAUGACUCGGUUUCCAAAGAGACAUCUCAACUGUCAACCACCCACAGCAGCUCAGGGGGACGCCAGCUUGGACUCUGGGUCUGGAGGUCUCUCUGUGGACUCCGAAUCCGUGCUUGAGCUGAGCACCCUGGGCUUUUCCUUCUUCCCAGGGAGAAAGAAUGAGGUGGACACCUCAGGAUCCCAGGGAAACGAGUCGGCAUCCCUUUCUCGCAGUUCCUCUUUUGGAAGAAUAUCCCUCGCUGACGUGAGAUUCCCAGGUCUCGGGGAACACGGACAGCAAGACAGAGACGGGGAUGAACGCCGGGAAACGUCCCCUCUCCAAACACUGGCAGAGGGGCUCCAUGACAAACUUCCAGCUGAUCAGCACGACCUGUACAGGAAAGCUCAUCAUGUCACCAAAUGUUACCAGAAACCCGUCCAGGCAGGAGAGAGCGCCCAGCUCAGCGAGCAGCCCAGCGCCAAGCUGCUCUUUGCCUUUCAGACAUUACCGGUGGCAGAAGACGAAGGUAUCGCGAGUGACUGGGACAGCGAUAAUUUUACCGACGGGACACCUCUCGCGUCCACGGUGCUAAGUGACGCAUUUGGAGCUUCAAGUAUGAAGGAAAAAUACGAUCCAAAAUUUAAAUCCAAAGGCUGUGAGCACACACAUUACGUGGGAAGGAGCUAG